AUGGAUUUUUCUGGUACUGAAGAGAUGGCGGCGAACGCGUGUCUGCGGCUGCCGGCGGUGACGUCACAAGAAGGCGUUCCGAAUUCGAAAUCGACGCAGGGAAAAACUAGUUUCUAUCUCAACAAACCUUCAUGGAUAGUCACAACUCAGUCCGGUGCUAAGACGGUGGCGAGGAGAAAGGCGAAAGGCCGAUGUGUAAUCUGCCAUGGAACUGGAAGAGUAGAUUGUUUCAAUUGUAGCGGGAAAGGGAGGACUAAUUGCGUGGAUAUGGAGAUGCUUCCUAAAGGAGAAUGGCCCAAAUGGUGCAAGAGCUGUGGAGGGAGUGGAUUAUGUGAUUGCUCUCGCUGUCUUGGCACCGGAGAGUACAGAUACAUUAUGGGUUUCCGCUUCUUAAACCAACACGACGAUGUCGAUCCACAAUUAUGA